AUGUCACCUCUAUGGGCUUCAGUUAAAAGGCUUCGAUUAAAUAUCAACAUGAGAGCGGUAAAUGACCCGUGGUUUUCUGAUUUUUUAUUACGAGUCGGUGAUGGAAAUGAGGAAACAUUGGACGAGUCCUAUAUUCGUAUACCUGAUAACAUGUCCAUUCGAUACACUGAUAAAACUAAAUCAGUGGACGCUCUGAUUGAUGCAAUAUUUCCUUCUUUGCAAUCCAACGGCGCCGAUUCAAAAUUUAUCAUUUCGAGGGCGAUAUUGUCAACUAAAAAUGAAAGUGUUGAUGAGAUUAAUAAUAAGUUGAUCGAACGAUUUUCUGGCGAGCAAAAAGUUUACUAUAGUUUUGAUGAAGCGGAAGAUGACAAAAACAACUUAUAUCCGAUGGAAUUGAUAUGUCGAGCUUUCCAACAAAAUGUCAUUGAUGCAGAGAUAGCUGUUGGCCAACAUGCUGGAAAAAGAGUGUUUUUACCAAGAAUUCAUCUAUGUCCGUCUGACGAUGAGAUGUUCCCAUUCAAACUUAAGAGAAAGCAAUUUCCAAUUCAGCUUAGUUUCUCUAUGACAAUCAAUAAAGCUCAAGGACAAACAAUUCCAAAUGUAGGUGUUUAUCUACCAGAAUCGGUUUUCUCACAUGGCCAGCUUUAUGUGGCGUUGUCCAGAGGAAUAUCACGUGUCAAUACCAAGGUAUUAGUAAAGCCGGAAAAAAACGUUUGA